AUGUGCGCUGUUUCUAGUAGCACACUCUCCUGCAUGAGUCCUGGAGCUACCUCGACAUCUACAAAGUUGUUCCAGGUUUCUAGCUGCGAGUACAUGGUAGUGGUGCUGGAGUACUAUGUGGACCCCGUCGAGGAAUUCGUCCAAGCAUCUAGAGGCACUACGCUAAGUAGUAGUAGUAGUAGUAGUAGUAGUAGUAGUAGUAGCAGCGGUAAUAGCUGCAGCAGUGGUAGCAGUAACAGGAUCAGUAGCGGUGACAGUAGCAGUAGCAAUGGCAGUGGCAGUAGCAGUAGCGGUGGCAGAACAGUAGCAAUGGCAAAGGCAGUGGCAGUAGCAGUAGCAGUAGUAGUAGCAGUGGCAAUAGCAGAAGCGGUAGGAGUGGCAGUAGCAGUAGCAAUGGCAGUAGCGGUAGCAGUGGUAGUGGCAGUAGCAGUAGCAAUGGCAAUAGUAGUAGCAAUGGCAGUAGCAGUGGCAGUGGCGAUAGCAGUAUCAGUGGUAGUAGCACUAGCAGUAGCAGUCGCUGUUGUUGUAUAG